ACGGUGGGGGAGGGUCACGUGUGUACACAGUGCGGGGCUCAGCAGCACUCCAGCAGUAGUAAAGUCUCUAACGGUCGGCCCCCUUUUUACCAGCCUCGUCCGAAAAGUUGCUGUCUGAGGAGCGUUUCAGCUAAAACCCACCGAAACGCUUCUUUUUGCUAUUUUCUUUACGCUUCACGAGUGCUCGGAGAGCCGAAGAGACGUUUUUGUUAAUGCGUAUUUUCUCCCAAAUGAAACGACUGAGAAAUGCCAGUGGAAAUGCUCCAUCCAUACCCAAUGCCUCCGUAGGUUUGCCUCCGCUCCAAACCUAUACAUUUGUGUCGACCUGUUGAGAGCGCUUGACCAGUGUCAGAUUCCAGCGAUGUGGAUCUGCAUGGUUUACAAUGAGACGGACACCAGUGUGGACUUCCAGCUCUGCCAGGACUUUGGCCUCAUCCUGUCAGUCGUCUCGCUCAUCUACCUCCUGGUGUGCUUCCCAUUGGGGCUGUGCUACAAUGUGCUGCUGGUCGUGGUGAACCUUUCCAACAAGGUGUCCAUGACCAUGCCGGAUGUCUAUUUUGUCAACAUGGCCAUUGCAGGUCUUGUGCUUAACCUGGUGGCGCCUGUGGAGCUCCUGAGCUCCACCUUCACCCGCUGGCAUGCGUGGGAGUACAACAACGAGGUCUACAUCACCCUGCUCAUCCUCUUCAACAUCUCAUCUCUGGUCAUCAUGUAUUCCACCACGCUGCUCAGUCUGGACUAUUACAUAGAGCGGGCGCUGCCUCGCACAUACAUGUCCAGUGUGUACAACACAAAACAUGUGUGUGGGUUCAUCUGGGGUGGCGCGGUGCUCACUAGCUUCUCGUCACUGCUCUUCUAUGUGUGCAACCACAUCUCCACUAAAAUGGUUGAGUGUUCUAAAAUGCAAAACAAGGAGGCAGCAGACGCCAUCAUGCUGUUUAUUGGCUACGUGGUUCCAGCUGUGGCUGUUCUUUACGCUUUUGUGCUCAUUUUGCGCAUUAGGAAAGAAUCCACACCUCUGGAUCAGGACUCUGCUCGCUUGGACCCUUCUAUUCACAGGUUGCUGCUAGCCUCAGUCUGUGUACAGUUUGUACUGUGGACCCCAUACUAUAUGACCCUUUUGGUGCACACUGUAGGCGGUGCACCAGGGUAUAUUAACAAUGCACAUUACUUACCUACCUAUUAUUUCUUGAGAUGCUUGUCUGAACUGCUGGCUUUCUCUAGCAGUUUUGCAAUGCCUCUCAUGUACAGGCAAAUGAACAAAAACUUCUCCAACAAGCUUCAGCGGCUGCUCAGGAGGCUGCACUGCAGAGACCAGUCUUGCCCUCAUGAACGCUCAACAGUGCAGCAAGUGGUGACGUGAGAUCGCCCCUGGGAGAUCACAGAUGCCCCUCCUACACCCUCCCUUUCCACCUCUUGGCCUAGCCGGCACUUAUCUCCACCCCCUAUAGAGCCAGUGUCUGACUGCGCUCCCUCGCUGCUCUGGACUGCGUUAAGAGCGACACAGCUAACUGUGGAAUUUCCUGUCACCUUCCAGAACUUGAUCUGAUCUAUCCAGUUCUGCAGUGGGAGGACAAACCCAGCAAAAAAAACACUAAGUGCUGCUUUUUUGUCACUGAGUAAAGCUCUCCACCAAGACACUUUGGGCUUCUAGUUCAAGGGUGGUAAAUUUGGCACGAUCAUUUAAUAACAACCCAGUGCAGUGUUUUCCCACAGUCCCCCACAGACACUUACAAAAUAGCUUGUUAGAAAGGGACUUCCGAGCACUAUACAGAUGUAGUUGGCGUGGUUUGUGUCGUGAAUGCUCUGCAGACAGCCUGCUAGUUUGACUAAUGCAUGAGUGUCUAAAUUUCCAGUCUCGUUAUUCUAUGAUGUGACUUAUUUUUAAACCUUUAUAGUGUUGCAGCAUGAUGCUUUCCCCCAACACUCAAGCAGAACUAAUAAGCUAUAAACUGUAAUUAUCAAGUGAAGCCAAGUUAUUUUGUUGCUAAACAGAGCACUCUACACCCCUGCACUUAUCAACAACCCACCACAGCUAAUGAACGUUGCGUGUCGAACCUCCACACCAGCAUUUUGCUGUCAGUGAAUAUCACCGUCAACUACCCUCAAACUAGAAGCCUUGGUCACUUGAAUUAGAAGACAGUUCAGCUCAUUUUCCUUUUGUUCAGAUGUGUUGUGAGUGAUUCCUCAUUAUCAGCUUAAAUAAUCGUCACAUUUUAAAGGUGGAGUACAAUCACAAUUGUCUCUUACAGACACUGUAGCUAUUUUCUUUAUCAGUGCCAGUACUGUCCUGUAAGUAGAAGUAGGCGCUGGUGUGAACAUAAUGUUCUCAUUUCACUUACAGAUUGUGUUCUGAGGUUUUGAUCCACUCACAUGCACGAUGGCGAGAUUAUUUACACGUGUAAAGCUCCUCAACAGAUUUCCUCAAAUAGCAAUAUGUGUCACUAAACCACUUUGAAGUCACACAAAACAAAAUGAAAUGCUCAUAUGAAGCAAAAAUUCAGGUUUUCAGACAUAACCGGUGUACCUCUUCUUAUUAUCUCUGCUGAAAUAACAUGACUUGUUCGCCACACGCAGUUCAAAAUCAACCAUUAACAAUCAACUUAUGUGAUUUUUUUUUAUUAAGCUGCAUUUUACUUCUGCAGGUGGUAUGCAUGCAGAGCCUCACGUAGGGUCAGUGAAGUCCACACAGGGUCCAGAGAGGACCCUGAGGAGGUGGCAUGUACAUUCCCUAAAUUUUCUGAGCACUCAUUGAAUGUCUGGGAGGUUUUGUCCAGUGAAAAUAUGACGACUCACCGAGUCACUUCAGAGGCAAUGUCAUAAACCUUUUGUUUGACACAGAAGAAUUUGAACUGCAUUGCUGCUCAGAUGUAGUAAGGCGAUCUGCACAUUGUUGGCAAAGCUGCUUUGAUUUCUUGCUCCUUAAAACAAUGAACAGACUAUUCUUGUAGUUAUGAAGCCCAGUUGUGCAUUGCAAAAUGAAAACUUGUCCUUGCGUAAGAUCUGUUGCAGCGCUGCAUUAGUUUAUUUUUUGUAUUUGCUUUCUGAAUGAGAGGGCCAGUUUAUCAAUCACCGUGUGGACAGAUCCACCAGUGAAGUGGGGCAUUCAUUUAGAGAGAGAAAUUAAUUCACUUAUGUUUGUGGACAGUUUUAAUUUACACCUUCAAAUAAACAACUCUGUGUUAAUGACACCCCGCUAAAAGUGUUGGACUGUUUCCACGAGUGUGCUUUCACUAAAAAUGUCAAGGAUUGCUGCAUGUACUAAUAAUGAUCUGAUGUUUUUCAUUCUUAAGAUUAUAACAUGGUUGCAUAAACACAUUCUGUGUUUUUCCCGUACUAGAAAUAUGUUGUGUCUACAGCUGAGGCAUGAAUCAGUGUCCGACGUAUGAUUUUUCCCUGCAAAACUCCACAUGCUUCACAUGCAUCUGCCAUCAAUCAGUAGGAAAUAUUUUCAACUGUGCCUCAGUAUGUGCUGCCCCAUUCAAGAUCUUGCGCAUAUUGUGACACAGUUAAUCAUUAUUUGAGCUUAGUUCAAAGUCCUGAUGCUUACUGUUCAUCUAGGAAUGAAAAGGCAAGAGUGGUACAUGAUUAGAGGAGUGUUUGAAACAAAAUUUGUGAUAUGAUGGAGGAAAUUUAAGCAACAUUCCUAAAACGGUGCUUGUUUUCAGUCACAAAUUGGCGCUUUAGAUAUUGAAAGAGGCUCCGAUUAAGACUUUAAUUAUUCAAUCAAUGCGAUGACACUGAAACGUGACGUGAAUAACAGAAUUUUUCCCAGUUUUCUCAUUAUAGGACACUUGCACAUCUCUUCAUUGGUAUUGUGAUGCAGUUAAUCUGAAUAUAUACCCGUUUUACUGUCAGUCCAUGAAACAAUAACCAGAUGCAUGUGUUAUUUUGAUUUUAAAAAAUAGUUUGGAAAUUUUAAAUUGCAAACUGGAUCUGAAUCUGCAUGCUGUUACACAAAAUGAAUGACAAUCACAGCAUAAAUAAGAUGAUUAUUUAACCGCACCGUGUUGCUGAAAACCCACCUGUAGGCAGAACACUAUCAAGUUUGCUUACAGCUGGUUUGUGCGUGUGUCAUCUGAAGUUAGCCGCAAUUACAUACAGAAGAUGUGACUUUAAUCGCCAAGAGCUGAUUAGUUUUCCUCAGCCAUUGCCACAGCUCCAUCCAUGAAGCUGUUUUGGAACCAUCUAGCUCAGAGACAGGACCUAACUAAGUUCUUGGCAGGUGUGAUGUUUGCAAUCACCACGUGGACUUGAUGUUCAGAAAUGGAAAAUAAAGCACCAACAGAGCUCUAAAUCACGCCUAAACUCAUUCUGAUUGUGGUUUAGUAUUUCAGAUUGGCCUAAAUGUCACAUCAGUGCAGAGACAUUAUAAACAUGGAGUUGACUUCAUAGCUGAAAGUGUAAAAACACCUUCUCGUGUGUCGACUGUAUGCAGAUGCAUUUUAGCUUUUCGAACAGCAAAACCUCAAAAGUUCAGAUGAAUCCACUUUGGGAUAUGAUGCUUUUGUGACUGUGUAUACAAGUGCAUAUGUAUAAUAUGAAAUAUUCUGUAUAUAUUGUUUGUGAAAGAUUUACAAGAGGAUCCCAUUCAAAAGUACAGUAUUAAUUUCUGAGAGAUAUAUUUAGAAGUAAUUACUGUCAGCUGAGUCAAAGACUGAUCGAACAAUAAACUAACAUGAAUGAGA